CACCCCACUUCCUCUUCUCCCUUCUCAUUUCCCCCAAAACCAAAUCUCCGAUCUCUCCCGACUUCUCCGACGACCCAAAAUGGACUCACCCUCACCCGAAUCCCUAACCACCACCACGGACGACCCCCUCACCUCCCACUUUUCCUCCCUCAACGACCUCUCCCACGAGCUCGCCUCCCUCCACAACCUCGCCACGCGCGGCUCCUGGCGCUCCAUCCUCGACAAAGUCUCACGCGCCCGAUCCCUCUCCCUCCUCUCCAACCCCCACGACCACCUCCUCUACUUCACCUACAACGUCCUCUCCCUCACCAAGCUCCGCCGCUUCUCCGACGCCGCCGCCGCCGAGCUCGACUCCCUCGACGACCUCAACUCCUCCCGCUACCGCUACGAUUCCUACCGCCGCCUCGGCUCCAUGGUCCCUUUCUCCCUCCGCUGGCUCCACGCGCUGAUCCCGAUCAAACUCGGCCGCCGGCAGGACGGCCUCGACCGGCUCUAUGUUCUACUGGAGUUUGUAAAGAACAAGGUGAGGGAUAAGAAGGAGAGUGCGAUGAGUGUGGAGGUGUGGAAGAGGAGAGAGGUGUUUGUUAUGAAUGGGAUCAUAGGGAUUCAUUUGAAUUCGAAGGAGCUAGCUGCUUGUUUGAGCUUGAUCAAAGACUUGUUAAACAGGGAUUACACUGAUCCGGUUCUCGUGUCGAAGCUCGGCUACAUUCAGAUCCAAAUGGGGGACUUGGAUGGAGCGAAAACGUCGUUCAAUGCGGUGCAGGGGCUGGUGGAGGAGAGGGAGGGGGGAGGUGGAGUUGAGAUGAGGAAUUUGGUGAGUAGGAACAAGGCAUUGGUGUAUAUGGUGGGGAAGGACUAUGUGUCGGCGGUGAGGGAGUAUGAAGAGUGCAUUGAGAGGGAUGGAAGUGAUGUCGUCGCAAUUAAUAACAAGGCGCUGUGUUUGAUGUACUUGAGGGACUUGUCGGAUUCGAUCAAGGCGCUGGAGAGGGUGCCGACGGUGGCGCUGAACGAGACGCUUGUGGUGAAUUUGUGUAGCAUGUAUGAGCUGGCGUAUGUGAAUCAUGGGGAUGUUAAGAGGACGCUUAGUAGCUGGAUUGCGAGGGUUGCUCCGGAUGAUUUUGACUCGGCUUCCACGAGGAUUUGAUAUCAGGUAGCUUCUUGCAUUUCUAGUUUGGGAUUUAUGCAUCUUUUUGAGUUGUGCAUUGUUGAAGAAAUGAGUGAGCAUUUCGAGGUAGGACUGAGCUGACAAGUGUAAUUUGGUGGGAUGGAAUCACCCACUUCUUUGGAUGUCUUAUGAAUGUGGAAAAUAUUAAUGAUCGAGUAUAUUUUAUUGGUUCAUACAUGCUA